CUUCUAUGUAUACGAGAAGUCGAGAAGACCUUUCAGAAGUUCUUGGAUAUUGCUCAAAAGGACGGUACGUCCAUCUUGCUCUCACGCUAACACUCGUCACUCAUGUACUCAGGUGCCGAGUUUCUCCUCAAACCCGUUUUCCCACGUGGGAUUUCUGGUUCACUACACCUGGUUUUGUUAUUUUUCUUGUUUAUCUCAUGGGUGUCCAAGAAAUUCAAGCUGGGUCGUGGUGAAUGUCCAGAGGGAAGGUUUAAAAACACCAGGUUUUUUUACCAUAAACAGACUCUAAUUUGUUGUUUAUGUGUUUCUGUGUUUAGUCUUGUCUUAUGUUUGUUGAAUUACUUUUUUUGGUAUAGAAAUAGUUGGUCCGAUGAAGUGCUAGUGACCCUUUUGGAUUUGGCGCUAAGAACACUCGCUUGGGGGGCACUUUGUGUCUACUUCCGUACCCAAUUGUUUAAUUCGGGUGAACCAAAGUACCCGUUUUUAUUGAGAGUUUGGUGGGGUUUCUACCUCUCCAUUUCUUGUUACUGCCUUGUUAUAGACAUUGUUCUUUAUAGAAAGCAUGUUAAAUUAGUAUCCGUUCAGUAUUUUGUUUCUGAUGUCUUCUCUGUUGUCACGGGUUUGUUCUUCUGUUAUGUGGGGUUUUCCGGUAAGAAUGAGGGUACUGAAGAUACCCUUCUCGAAGAACCUCUUUUGAAUGGUGAUUCUAGUGAAAGUAAUGAAGCAGAGUCAAGUAAGUGUAAAGGGGGUGAAACUGUAACCCCUUAUUCGAAUGCUGGAAUUUUCAGCAUUCUCACUUUCUCUUGGAUGGGUCCUCUGAUUGCUAUUGGCAAUAAGAUGACGUUAGACCUUGAGGAUGUUCCUCAACUCGCCCCCGGUGAUAGGGUAGUUGGGGUCUUUUCAACUUUUCGAAAUAAGCUUGAGGCAGAGUGCGGUAAAAUUAAUGCGGUGACCACACGGAAGCUGGUGAAGGUAUUGAUCUCCUUGGUAUGGAAAGAGAUUCUUUUGACAGGCCUUCUUGAGAUCAUGUCCACAUUGGCUUCCUAUGUCGGGCCAUAUCUUAUUGACACUUUUGUCCAGUACCUCAACGGGCGGAGGGAGUUCAAGAAUGAGGGCUAUGUUCUGGUUUCAGUGUUUUUUGUAGCAAAAAUUGUGCAGUGCCUGUCGCAGAGUCAGUUAUCCUUUAGGCUGCAACAGAUUGGAAUAAGAGUCCGAUCAGUGUUGGUCACCAUGAUCUAUGACAAAAGUCUGACCCUUUCAUGGCAGUCGAAGCAGUGCCACACCACUGGGGAGAUGAUCAAUUUCAUGGCUAUUGAUGCAGAGAGGGUAGGUGCCUUCAGUUGGUACGUGAACAGUGCAUGGAUGGUCUUUGUGGAAGUUCCCAUUGUGCUGUUAAUUUUGUAUAAAAAUCUUGGACUUGCUUCAAUCGUGGCUUUUAUUGCAACUGUACUUUUUAUGUUGGCAAAUAUUCCCUUGGCAAAAUUAGAAGAGAAGUUUCAGGACAAGAUAAUGGAAUCAAAAGAUAGAAGGAUGAAGGCAACGUCGGAGAUUUUAAGGAACAUGAGACUUCUUAAGCUUCAAGGAUGGGAGAUGAAGUUUCUAUCUAAAAUUAUGGGUCUCAGGGAGACAGAGAUAGGAUGGUUGAAAAAGUUUGUCUAUACUUCGGCGUUGACCACAUUUGUCUUCUGUGGUGCAUCCACAUUCGUGUCUGUGGCUACUUUUGGUGCUUGUAUGGUGAUGGAGAUCCCACUUGAGUCGGGGAAGAUCUUAUCUGCACUUGCAACCUUUGGAAUUCUUCAGCAGGCCAUCUUUAAUCUUCCUGAAACAAUCUCAAUGAUUGUUCAAACUAAAGUGUCCCUCAAUCGAAUUGCAUCUUUCCUUUGUCUUGAUGACUUGCAGUCUGAUGUUAUAGAGAAGCUUCCACGAGGUAGUUCUAAUACAGUUAUAGAGAUUAUUGAUGGGAAUUUCUCUUGGGAAUUAUCUUCCCCUAAUCCAACAUUAAAAGAUAUAAAUUUCAAAGUGCAACAUGGCAUGAGGAUUGCUGUUUGUGGGACUGUUGGCUCAGGCAAGUCAAGUUUGCUCUCCUGUAUCCUAGGAGAAGUACCCAAGAUAUCUGGAACCAUUAAGUUGUGUGGGACAAAGACCUAUGUUCCUCAGUCCCCAUGGAUACAAAGUGGCAAGAUAGAAGAGAACAUAUUGUUUGGCAAGGAGAUGGAAAUAGAAAGGUAUAAUAGGGUCCUUGAAGCGUGUUCCUUGAAGAAGGACCUGGAAAUUCUCUCGUUUGGGGAUCAGACAAUCAUUGGUGAGAGGGGAAUCAAUUUGAGUGGUGGGCAGAAGCAAAGAAUCCAAAUUGCUCGUGCUUUAUACCAAGAUGCUGAUAUUUAUCUGUUUGAUGAUCCUUUUAGUGCUGUUGAUGCUCAUACAGGAUCCCACCUUUUUAAGGAAUGUAUGCUGGGUCUUUUGAGUUCAAAGACAGUGAUUUAUGUUACUCAUCAAGUAGAGUUCUUACCUGCUGCUGACCUUAUCUUGGUAAUGAAAGAUGGAAGGAUUACUCAAGCUGGAAAGUACAAUGACAUUCUUAAUUCAGGAACAGAUAUUAUGGAACUUGUGGGAGCGCACGAGAAAGCUUUAUCGGCUCUUGAAAGUACAAGUAUGAGCAAGGAAGAUGGGAAUAUGGCCAUUGCUAAUGGGGUUGUGCUCAAACAAGAAAAUAAAGAUGUUCAAGAUGGUAAAACAGAUGACAUAGUUGGGUCAAAAGGACAGAUUAUCCAAGAAGAAGAGAGAAAUAAAGGUAAAGUUGGGUUUUGGGUCUAUUGGAAAUAUAUCACCAUGGCCUACGGAGGAGCUCUUGUGCCCUUUAUAUUGCUGGCACAUAUUCUCAUUCAACUCCUUGAAAUUGGAAGCAGCUACUGGAUGGCCUGGGCAAGCCCUGUCUCGCAAAACGAGAAACCUGUGGUUGGUACCUCUACCCUAAUAAUUGUCUAUGUAGCUUUGGCCAUUGGAGGUUCUUUUUGCGUCCUUGUGAAAACCGCGCUUCUUGUAACGGCUGGGUACAAGACAGCCACUUUAUUCUUCAAUAAAAUGCACUUAUGCAUUUUCCGUGCUCCCGUGUCAUUUUUUGAUUCCACUCCAAGUGGCCGAAUCCUAAACAGAGCUUCCUCUGACCAGAGUGCAGUGGAGUGGAGCAUUCCAUACCAACUUGACUCAUUUGCCCUCUCGAUGAUCCAUCUCCUUGGAAUUAUUGCAGUAAUGUCUCGAGUUGCAACAUUGCAGGUUCUCAUCAUUUUUAUCCCAGUGAUUGGAACGUGUAUCUGGUAUCAGCAAUAUUAUAUUCCUUCAGCCCGAGAACUAUCAAGAUUAGUUGGAGUGUGCAAAGCUCCAGUGAUACAACAUUUUUCUGAAACAAUUUCAGGCUCAACAACCAUUAGGAGUUUUGAUGAAGAAUCAAGAUUUAGUGACACAAAUAUGAAACUCAUAGAUGCGUAUUCUCGGCCAAGGUUCCAUACUGCCGGUGCAAUGCAAUGGCUGAGUUUUCGCUUGGAUAUGUUAUCUUCUAUCACAUUCCUUUUCUCCUUGGUUUUCUUGAUCUCUGUUCCAGAGGGGGUCAUUGAUCCAAGCAUUGCGGGCUUAGGUGUGAUAUAUGGACUUAAUUUGAACAUGUUACAAGCCUGGGUAAUACGGAAUCUUUGCCAAAUGGAGAACACAAUGAUAUCAGUAGAGAGAAUACUUCAAUACACUGUUAUUCCAAGUGAGUCUCCGCUUUUGAUAGAAGAAAACCAGCCAGAUUGUUCUUGGCCGUCACAUGGAGAAGUUGAUAUUCGUGAUUUGCAGGUACGGUAUGCACCACACAUGCCGCUUGUAUUGCGAGGUCUAACGUGCACUUUCCUCGGAGGAAGGAAAACUGGCAUUGUAGGGAGAACAGGCAGUGGUAAAACAACUCUAGUACAAGCACUUUUCCGAAUUGUUGAACCUACGGCUGGACAGAUAAUUAUAGAUGGCAUUAACAUCUCCUUCAUUGGACUGCAUGAUUUGCGGUCUAGACUAAGCAUUAUCCCUCAGGAUCCAACCAUGUUUGAAGGGACUGUACGAACCAACCUGGAUCCACUUGAAGAGUAUACAGACGAACUAAUUUGGGAGGCUCUGGAUAAGUGUCAACUUGGAGAUGAAGUUAGGAAGAAAGAAGGAAAACUUGAUUCUGCAGUUAGUGAGAAUGGAGAGAAUUGGAGUGUGGGUCAGAGGCAGAUGGUCUGCCUUGGCCGUGUGCUACUCAAGAAAAGUAAGAUAUUGGUGCUUGAUGAAGCCACUGCAUCCGUCGAUACAGCUACGGAUAAUCUGAUUCAGCAAACGUUGAGGCAACAUUUUUCCAACUGUACGGUCAUCACCAUUGCACAUCGGAUAACGUCUGUUCUUGAUAGCGAUACAGUUGUACUUCUAAGUAAUGGGCUUAUCGAGGAAUGUGAUUCUCCAAAAAGAUUGUUAGAUAACAAGUCAUCCGCUUUUGCUCAACUUGUGGCAGAGUAUAGUGUGAGGUCAAAUUCCAGUGUUGAAAACUUAAGUAGACGACCUUAGUUAGGUACCAUUCAAUUGUCCCACGUUUCUUAACAAUGAAGAAAAUCCAGCGGCUUUAUGAUCUUGUUUGAUUGAACUAUGCUGAAACAUAAUUAUUGGGAUUUUGGUAUCCAGUUAGUGGUUGCUGCUGCUGUGUUAUGGCAUAUUCUACCAACAGAUGAUGUGCUCUUGGUAUGUUUCAGUUAAUGAUAGAUGUUGUCUCAUGUUUAAGCACUA